AUGGCACAUCCCCCUGAUACAGACAGUGACAUCACUCUGAGGGAAUGGCUGGAGGGAGUGAAAGAGUACGGCAAGGGGAUAAAGCUGGACUUUAAGAGCAUGGAGGCUGUGUCAACAUCUUUAGUCCUGCUGCAGGAGGUGCUGACUGAGCCAUACCGUCCUGUGUGGAUCAACGCAGACAUCUUCUCGGGUCCUGGGGGGCAGAUCGUACCUCUGGAGCAUCACACCUUCCUCUCUGUUGUGACUCAUCUUCCCUCACACACUGUGCUGUCUCUGGGCUGGACUACAGGAUGGACUGCUGGGACAGAUAAUCCAGGUCCUUCUCUUAUGAUUGAAGCUGACAUUGUCAUGAGAGGUCGUGAUCCCAAAGAGCCAAUCAUGGCACAUCCCCCUGAUACAGACAGUGACAUCACUCUGAGGGAAUGGCUGGAGGGAGUGAAAGAGUACGGCAAGGGGAUAAAGCUGGACUUUAAGAGCAUGGAGGCUGUGUCAACAUCUUUAGUCCUGCUGCAGGAGGUGCUGACUGAGCCAUACCGUCCUGUGUGGAUCAACGCAGACAUCUUCUCGGGUCCUGGGGGGCAGAUCGUACCUCUGGAGCAUCACACCUUCCUCUCUGUUGUGACUCAUCUUCCCUCACACACUGUGCUGUCUCUGGGCUGGACUACAGGAUGGACUGCUGGGACAGAUAAUCCAGGCUACAGCUGGGAUAUGGUUCAUAUGAUGGAGAAGAUCUGUAGAGACCUUAAACAUCCCGUAACAUUCCCAGUACGUGCAGCUCUGCUGGCCAAGUCCUUCUCCCAGCUGACAUGGCUGCUGAAGCAGUCAGACAGGUACACUCUAACUGUGUGGACGGGCCACAGUGAUGAGUUCUCACUGCAGGACUUGCUGCCCUACAGAGAAGAGUUUGCCACGAGCAGGAUUUACUUUGACCUGCCAGACUCUCUGAGAGCACGGAUCAUUUCAGCACAAUAAGCAAAUAUGAAUCCAGUGAGACGUUGUCUGGCUGUGACAUUAACUGGUGCACCUGCAAGUGAAAACUAACUUCAUCCUGAAUUUAUCUGAAGCUCACUUCCUGUUAAAACAGAGUUCAUCCUCCCCAUGGUCACCGACUGCUUGCUCAUAGGAAUCGUCUAUUCAUGAGGAUCCUCUGCGGUACUGUAAGGUGUCUGCCUCACAGUAUUAAGGCCAUGACAUUAAUGUUACUGGGGCUGGUGCAUUUCAAAUCAAAAGAUGCUCUAAGCCCUCUUGUAUGUAAUAUUUUCUGUUUUCUCUACCGAUUCUUUUUUUUGGGUGGGAUAAAAAAAUCUGCAAAUCAGCCGAGUCCAGUCACGUUGUGUUUUUGUUUGUUUGUUUUUUAAAGAGUGUUAGUCUAUUUUCAAGUGGGACGAAUCAGACAGUUUCGAGCAGAAGGGGGCUCUUUCCCACACAGGUUGGACUUUCCUUCACUUACACGGCCUUUUGGCUGUGCCUUUGUGUCUUUCAGAUUCUCUUAAAAAUAUAUUUAGUUCAAGUUACACUAGAUAACAAAGUGCAUAUGAGGAAGGAUAUUAUACCCCUUCAAACGAGUGAUUCAUGACCCCCAAUAAAAUGAUUUAUGAGUAAUAAAGGACGUAAUAAAACAAAUGGCUGUCAUAAAAAUAUGUUGUUAAUAAAAUUAUUAAUAACAUAUUUUUAAUAACAUGAAAUUAUCAUAUUAAUAAAACUAUUAGUAAAAUAAUCAUAUUUCAUAACUCAUUCAAUAAUUCAAAAGUUA